AUGUUAGAUGGGAAAGUAGUAGAGGAAAAAUGGAGAAGAACCAAUGCAGAAGUGUACCAUUUGUAUGCGAACCCUACAAUAACAAAAGUGGUGAAAAAAUGUAGACUAAAAUGGCUCGAACAUCUAGAAAGAAUGCAAGGUAAUAGACUAGUCAAGAAUAUUGCUUGGGGAGACCCACCUAAAUACGAAUUCAAAUAUGGAAUCGAAGACCCUAACACCGGAGAUACAAAGAACCAGUAUGAAGUUAGAGACGGAGAUGUGGUCAAAGGACAAUAUUCACUUGUCGAUGCCGAUGGCAGCCUUCGUACUGUGGAAUAUACUUCCGACCCUCACCACGGCUUCCGUGCAGUUGUGCACAAAAGCGGACAAGAAUCAGUUGCUUAUGGACAUUAA